AUGGCUGCUUGCGAGGAGACGGGCGGGGGCCAAGUCAUCAACUCGCUGCUGGCGCCACCCGAUAGUCCUCUGAUCGACUCGGUAAUCGUCACCAUUGCGCCGACGUGGCUCGGCCAGGGCGGCGUCGUCGUGUCGCCGCCCCGGACCCUCGACGGCAGCGGGAACCCCGCGUCCCCCAUGCGGCUCGCCGGCGUGUCUUGGCACCCGCUUGGCGAAGACAUCGUUCUAUGCGGUAGGAUUUCAAGAAGCUCGGAGUAA